AUGGAGCCUUAUUCAAGAAUAUUAGAAGCUAUCGAAAGAAGUGGAGAUCCUGCCUCAGCUCUUACCGAAAUUGAACAAGAAAUUAGCGAAAUUCCUCAAAAACUCGAAGUUUUAACUGCAGAAUUAGCCAGCUUACGUGAAGAAGAAAAUUCAUAUAACACCUAUUUACCAAAUUUCCAAGCAGCUUUAAGUACAGCUCAAAGAGAAUUAUCAGUAUUAUCCAAAAACGACAUUAACGAAAUCCGUUCUUUUGCAAAGCCACCAAAAACAGUUGAAAAGGUUGCAGAAGGGAUUUUAAUUCUUCUCGGGAGCAGUAAUAUAUCAUGGGAUGCCUUCAGAAAACUUUCAGGAAACCAAUUUUUAGAGACUUUAGUAACUUUUGAUAUUCAUAAUGUACCGAAACAAAGAAUUGAUCAUUUAAAGCCAUUUAUUGAUGAGUACGAAGGACAUGAAGUAGAGAUUCGUAAAGUUUCGAAGGCUACCUAUGGGCUGUAUAUGUGGGUUGCUGGAGUUUAUAAGUUUUGCCAGCUUCUGAGUCAGUUUAGACCUAUUGGACAAAUCAGAGCAGAAAUUAAUGAAAAAAACCAAGAGAUUGCUGGCCUGCAGCAAAAAUUAGAUGAAGGGCCUAGUAAAAUUGAAGCGCUUAAAGAAAGAAUUGAAAAAAUGAACAACCCUUAA